CACAUGGCGUGAAUCCACCUUUGUCUAAGUUUUAGAAGCUUUUUUUUAUGUCUCGACAAAGUUGGAAUUCUGAGUUGAAGUGUUUACAAGUGGCAACAUGGAGUGUUAAUGGAUUGCUGAAUGGACUGCUAGUUUGCACCCUUGGAAAGUGGAGCGAGUUUCACGGUGCUGAAGGAACGACGAAAUAAAAGUGAAUGCACCCGUUUCGAGACUCCAUCUGCCUUUUCUUCCGAGGGCUGCUACAGUGAAACUCGUCACGAGGCUUGAGUCAACCACCGUGCUUCGCCAGGACCAUCUACCAGGACCAGCUUGCUGAAUGUGCACGAAUUUCCAUCCAUGGUCUACAGAUAAGUCCACCGCCAGAGACUUUUUCAGACUUGCGCGUGCACUGACCAAGGGACGAGCCGCUCGCUCACUAUCAGUCAGUCAGGAUGUUAUCAAAAAAGCGGAAGAUUGACGCUGAAUCCCUCCAAAAACAACAAGCAGCUUUCUCAAGAUGCCGAGAUACACAUGAAGGGGCAGUGAAGGCGAGCUAUGCCAUCACAUGGGAGAUAGCAAAAGCAUCCAAGCCUUUCUCUGAGGGGGAAUUCGUGAGGAACUGCAUGAUAAAGGCAGCGGAGCUAGCGUGUCCAGAAAAGCGACAAGCUCUAGCGAACAUCAGCUUAUCCCGACCUACAGUGACCGAGAGAGUGGAGGAGCUCUCCAGCGACUUGAACAGCCAACUGAAAGAGAAGAUUAAGUCUUUCAUCGCGUUCUCCAUUGCUCUCGAUGAGAGCACUGAUGUGACUGAUACAGCCCAGUUGGCGAUAUUUAUUCGCGGAGUGGAUGCUUCCUUACAUGUCACCGAGGAGUUUGUUUCCAUCGUGCCUUUGACAGACACCACUACAGCUAACGACGUGUUUGUUAGCCUUGUCGGGGCCCUUGACAAUCUGGAGGUGGACUGGAGUCGUGCUGUCAGUGUGGCUACGGAUGGUGCACCUUCCAUGGUAGGGAGAAAGGCCGGAGUGGUUGUUAAGUUGAGAGAAAAGGUACGAGAGGCCAACCCAGACCAGGUAUUCUGGAAUUUUCACUGUAUAUUACACCAAGAGGCUUUGUGCUGCAAGAGUCUGAAAAUGGAGCAUGUUAUGAGUGUUAUUGCCACUGUCAAUUUUAUCAGAGCGAGAGGGCUCAACCACCGGCAAUUCGAUGCAUUUUUAUCUGAAAAUGACAUCCACCAGGGCCUUCCCUAUCACACCGAUGUGCGUUGGUUGAGCCGAGGCGCAGUGCUCAAACGGUUCUACAAAUUGCGCAAAGAGAUAGCCGAGUUCAUGCAGGCUAAAGGGAAGCCUGUGGAGGAAUUGGACGACACCGAAUGGACCAGGGACCUUGCCUUUUUAGUGGACAUUACCGAACACCUGAACUUAUUGAAUGUUAAUAUGCAAGGUCGCAACAAACUCGUUACUGGGUAUUACGACGGUGUCCGUGCGUUUCAACGUAAACUUGCAUUAUGGAAGGCACAGCUCUGUCAGCGCAAUGCAGCCCACUUCCCCUGUUUGAAAUCUCUGUCUGUCAGUCAUCAGAGCAUGGACAAGUAUGCAAACUUGCUUUCCGGUCUCAUGCACGAGUUUGCCAAACGAUUCACGGUUUUCACUGAACUGGAAAAGGACUUUGCGUUUUUUGGCUCUCCAUUCACCACGGAUGCUUCCGAGGUCCCCGAGGCGAUGCAAAUGGAACUGAUAGACUUGCAAUGCUGCACGCGGUUGAAGGACAUGUACAAAUCUGUUGGUAUUGAAUCAUUCUACCAAUCGUUGCCACCUGAGUACCCGACUAUCACUGCAUUUGCGGGUAAAAUACUCUGUAUGUUUGGGACAACAUAUUUAUGUGAGCAGGCAUUUUCAGUUAUGAAUAUUAAUAAAUCGAAAAUGCGCAAUCGUAUGACACAUGGACAUCUCAAUGAUGUCAUGAAAAUAGCCACGGCCCAGAGCCUGUCCCCCAAUGUGGACAAGCUGGUGAAAAAUAAAAGGCUUCUGGCUUCGACAUGUAAAAUGUAGCUGGCUUGUCUGCCCAUGUAACAUAGUGCUGUGAAGUAAUGAUUGGGAGGGUAUGUUUGUGGGAGUGGGAGUUUGUGGGAGUUGUUUAAGUUAAUGUACCAUCUGUUAUUUAUGUCUUAUUAUUAUUAAGUUCUAGUGAAUAUUUAGUCACUUGGCCUGUUGGUGGAGUACUUAACCUUGGCACAUCUUUUGACUUCUUUAGGGCUACUUAGGGCCAUCUUUUUUAAUUGGCCUAAUUAGGCCUGUGUAUUGACAUGGUUUUAUGUGCAAGUUGUCAAUA